AUGUCGAGGCCUCGUCGCGUCGCUACCGCGCCAGUGUCGUCCCAGCCGCUGCUUUCAAGGUCCAAUUUGAAUUUCUCGACAUCGUCUCGGUCAGAAGACUUGGUCGAGACUCUCUACAGCCACCCGUCCGUCAAAAUUAUUGCCUUUUCCUCAAGUCAGCGCAGCUCCUUGAGUUCAUGGCCCCCCUCUUCCGAGACUGACGACCGACCGGGGUCCCUCCCAGCCUCGUCGCGGCUGGAGAGGACCAUUGCCGUUGGUCCCUUCCGAAUCUAUCGUGCCCCUGGUUCAGUCGCUUUCCUCAGUUGCGGCUCCGCCCUACAGCCUAUCCUCCCAAAGAGCCAGUGCUGGUGCAUCGACGAAGCAAACAGCCAGUUUGUCUUGCAGAUAAGGCGGCCCCAGUACUGGAGAAUCGAACUCCCCGUCGCAGAACCCGACCAAGCACCACGCGCUUUGCAACUACGCGAUGUCUUCGGCAAGAUCCUCCUUUUCGAGAAGACCGCGUGUCCCUUCCAGAGGAGCUUUACAGUCCCGCUGCCCCUACCGCCAACAGAGCCCGUCAAGAAGAAGGCCUGGACGCCAAUGGGCAAGAACUUGAUAACUGCGCCGUUUCAAUCCGACCUGUACCCGUCCUCGCCCUCGCCAAGGGCCACAAAUAAGGAACGGCGGAUGACAGUGGCUACUAGCGAGACCCCAGCUACAAAGGCCGGGUCUCCUCCGCGCAACGAAGUGUUGAGGCAGCCCAAAGAAGUCGCGUUGCCUCCUUAUGGGAAGACCACGCCCCCUUCCAUCGUCAGGAUUGAGGGCAAUGAAGGUUCCACAGAGGCUCUGCAGAAUCCGGCAAUAGCGGUCUUACAUACAGCCCUACCAGAUCAACGCAGGUCGGACAUAUCCAAGGAGUCGCCAGUAGUAUCGGCAGAUAGUUCCACGGCUGUCGAGUUGUCGCAGGGUCCCAGGAAUGUGGGCGUCGAUAGAGUGCCGCAGAAGACAGAAUCGCCGGGUGGCAGCUCCAAUUCGACCGUGUCGACCCAGCUUCCUAAAGAGGUCCAGACAAGGACUUCAGCUUCGGAAAGUAGCUACGGCAUUAACAAGAGCGGCAGCGGCAGCGUCGAGUCUAGGCAGGACGCAAGCACAGCCAGCUCCAUGGUUCCAGAAAGCAGUAGAAAGGAGGAAGUGGUUGAUAAAGCUUCGCAUUCUCCGUCGGCCAACACCAGGGCGUCCACGUCACAUACCACAGACAUGGACUCUUUCCAUACCACUGAUAUGGGCUUACAGGCAACCACAAGCAUCGGGGAUGAACAAUCAUGUUCAUCCGAUGCCAUUGGUCGCCGAGACACCCCACCGGAGGAAGUCCUAGUCCCUGAGGAUGAUGGGCCAUCUUCAUUUGAAGGAUCCGGGCACGUUGUACCGGUGAACCUGGCGAAGAAAAGGGUAACUCGCAUGCUUGCUGGUCGCUCGUUCACUGCUCCACCGCAGCUCACCCUAGUCACCUCGCCUCCUUCCAAAAAGAUCAGAGGCAAGGCAAGCGUGGAGGCAUCGUUGCCGGAACCGCCGGAACCGCCUGAACCUCUUGAACCUCUUGAACCUCUUGAAUCUUCCGAGGGCUCACGCGCCGGUUCCCCUGUUGGCUCUACCGACUCGUUUCAUAGUGUCCAAUCCUGGCACUCGCCAAUCACUCCUCUUCCUCCAUCUCCGCCAUCAUCCCGACCUGUCACUCCCUCACUGGGCAAGUUCCCUUUCCCUCAUCAGGAUAUACCCCGAACAUUACCGCAUGCGAGAGAUGUUUCGGACUACACAGUCACGCCCAGCACGGAGAAAACACUGAUGCCCAGCUCGGCAGGGGCUACAGAUCACAGUGAUCGAUCCAUGUCGCCUCGUUCUCCUACCGACACCAACGAUCUACCUACGGCUCCUGCAUCUGUUGGUGGCAAGUUGACGGUACCACGGUCCUCUGCCUUGGAAGAGAGACCACAAGCCCGCCAACGACCGCGGCCGAAUAACUUGUCGAUCAGCCGGCGGGCUCUCUCACCGUUACCCCCAGCCGCAAACCUUUUCUCUCCCCAGGCGAGACAAAGCCCCCAAGGUCGGCUGGCGGCCGUGCGUCGGCUACCAUCAGCUAUCGCGCACAAGACGAUCGAAAUCCUCCUGAGCCCACCCAGCCACCUCGUGAACCUCAUGCUCAAAGUGGCGGCUAAGAUCGCGGCGGGAGAAUGGCGAGGUCUGGUAUUCGGCUUGGGCGAGGGCGGGGAGCAAAUUCCGGUCCAAUGGGAUUACUCGGAUGGCGAGUAUAGUAGUUUCGACGACGACGACGAUUACACGAUGGCCAAACUUGGACAGGGUACCCGUCGUAGUACCAGUGGUGACAUAGCACCGACGGGCGAAUCUAACAGGCGCACGACUCGCGAACUCAACGACAGCCGUAGCUGGGAGGUCGAUUGA